AUGCCGGAUGCAUUCGAGGUAGCUUACCCGUUAUCGCCGUCACUGAGUCCACAGGAAAUACGCGCUCGCGCCAAUUCGGCGACUAAGCGUAAACCAGUGGUGACAUUUCUCGCGGGCAACGUCGCCGUCGAAAUACCCGAUAAAUCUGUUGUUGGCAUGUACAAUCCCUUGGUCAAAAGUGACAAAACUGAUGCAGAACUAGAUGCAUUUGCAGAAUCGCUCACGACGACGCGCAGUGCUUGGUUUGAUAAAAGAGAGAUACAGCAUAGAAUUUUCGUGAACCGAUCACUGCAUCUAGAAAAUGUUAAAUUUUACGGGUUCGACAUGGAUUACACAUUAGCUGAGUACAAAUCACCACAAUACGAAACCUUAGGUUUUAAUUUAACUAAAGAAAGAUUGGUUCACAAGGGAUACCCUCAAGAAAUAUUAGAGUUCGAAUAUGAUCCUUCCUUUCCAGUCAGAGGCCUUUGGUUCGACACAUUGUAUGGUAACUUAUUAAAAGUUGACGCUUACGGUAACAUUCUAGUCUGUGUACAUGGAUUUGAAUUUUUAAAACACUCUCAAGUGUACGAACUGUAUCCUAAUAAGUUUUUAACACUCGACGAGUCGAGAGUGUACGUGUUGAAUACGCUGUUUAACUUGCCCGAGACGUAUCUGAUAGCGUGCCUCAUAGAUUUCUUUACGAAUUCGCCACAGUAUACAAGAGAAAAGACAGGAGUGAGAUGUGGCGAUCUCGCGAUGUCAUUCAAAUCUAUAUUCCAAGACGUGAGAAACGCGGUCGAUUACGUUCACAUACAUGGAGAUCUGAAGAAGAAGACGACUGAGAAUCUAGACCUGUAUCUCAAGAAGGACGACAGGCUCCCUAUGUUUCUGUCGAGGAUAAGGGAGAGUGGAGCUAAACUGUUCAUUCUUACGAACAGCGAUUAUAACUUCACAGACAAGAUCAUGAAUUAUCUCUUCGAUUUUCCGUACGGCGCGAAGCCCGGUGAGCCUCACAGGAACUGGAAAACGUACUUCGACUGGAUAGUCGUGGAUGCUAAGAAGCCACUGUUCUUUGGCGAAGGUACCACACUACGUCAGGUGGAUACACGUACUGGUGCCUUGAAGAUGGGCCACCAUGUAGGACCUUUGCACGAGGGACUUGUUUAUUCUGGAGGUUCUUGCGAUGUUUUCACCGAGCUCAUUGGCGCGAAGGGUAAAGACGUACUCUACAUCGGCGACCACAUAUUCGGCGAUAUCCUCAAGUCGAAGAAGAUCGGAGGCUGGAGAACGUUUCUAAUAGUUCCCGAAUUAGUUCAGGAGCUACACGUGUGGACCGAUAAGUGUCAGCUUUUUGCUCAACUGCAAAACCUGGACAUUCAACUUGGAGACAUGUACAAAGACCUGGACUCUAGUACGAAAGAAAAGCCCGACAUUUCAAAGCUGAGGAACUCGAUCCGUGACGUGACGCAUAAGAUGGACCUAGCGUAUGGCAUGCUCGGUUCACUGUUCCGUUCCGGGUCUAGGCAGACCUUCUUCUCUUCACAGGUAGUGAGGUACGCGGACCUGUACGCGGCGUCGUUCCUGAACCUGAUGUACUACCCGUUCUGCUACAUGUUCCGCGCGCCCGCCAUGCUCAUGCCGCACGAGUCCACCGUGGCGCACGAGCAGCGCUUCACCGUCGACACGCCCACCAUCGACCGGUCAAGACACUCGAGCACUCAGAGAGUACUUAGCGAACGCGCCUUUAGCGCAGCUUGCGUUGCUGAAAUAUCUUCUGAAGAUGUUGUUUCUGGAGCGGACAGCGUUGAUGUAAAGGGCGAGCGCUCGGUGCCGCACGUGCGGCCGGAGACGCCGCAGCGCCUCACGCACACGCACGACGACGACUGCUCCGACGACGACGACGGCGCCAAGCACAAGUAGCGCCGCACGCCGCACGCAUUUCAUCAGAUUUGAUCUGUAGAUCUACAUGAACUGUGUGUACGGUCAAUUAUUAUUCUUGUAAUGGUAACGUAAAUGGUUCUAACAAAUAAUGCCAUUUAAAUAAUUAAAAAAAAAAAAAAUCGACUGCUGAUUUGAAUUAAGCUACUCUUCUGUUUAAUUUGUUAUUGACAGAAAAUUCUUUAUUAAACUUAAAGCACGCAAUGAGCGGGUUGUGUACUGUAUAUUUUAGUUUCGGAUUCACUAUAAAAUAGUCUAUUAUUAUCGCACUAAGAUAGCAUCGAAUUCUUUCUGACAAUAUUACAUGUAUUUUUGUAUAUUUUGUUUCUUAUACAUAUUUCUAUAUUAAAAGUAUAAAAAGUACUUAUAACGUAGAAAGUGUUUUGAGCUCAAAUUUAAUAUUAAAAAAUCAACAAUGAUAUACAUACAUACAGAAAGUAAUGCAAUAUCAGACGCCUUUAAACUUUAUAAAAUUCUUUGAAAAAUACGAAUAGUUGUAAUAUUAGAAAUUAGUAUUCGCUACGACAAUCUCAAGGAAUAUACAGAAUUUAGGCUACUCUCAAUAAAUAUCUAGUCUAGCAAUAUUAUAAUAUUAUAUCAAGUAAUGAGUUUUAAAACAAAACACUACGAAUAUGUAAUUGUUGUUAUAUGAUGGUUAUAAUUAUCGAUUAAUGUAAUUAUAUAACGUUAAAACAUCCCUUUGAGGCUGAUCAAGAAACGUGAUAAUAUAUCGUAAUUGUGAUUGUUAUUAUGCGUAGAUCCAUGUUUCUUUGUUAUUUUAUACCUAUAUGUAUACAAUUAAUAUAAAUGAUCCUUAUUUUUGUUGUUAAUUAAAAUGAUUAUUGUUUGUGUUCGAUUGACAUUGAUAUUACUUGAUAGUUAUGUAAUUAUCUGCUGACCCCGCAAACGUUGUUUUGCCAAA